AAUAAAAAGAAUAUUUCCAAAUAUAACCGAGGAAAUAAUACUCAAUAUAAAAACCCCUUCUCUUCCUCGUUAGGGUUCUUUAUUUUCUCCAUCAUCAUCAUCACUCUCUCUAAUUAUGCUCUAAAUCAAGAAAUUGGAUUUUUAUGAGAAUUUUUUGAACAAUCAAUAAUCGCAUUUCAUCUGUGAGAGGAUGCCAGCAACGGAGUACCAGAGAUCAUUCGGGAGGACGCUACUGAACCUACGCCGCGACUCGGUCCACUCGGUCGCCGAAUCGUCAACCACCGCCGAGUCGACUCAGAUGGAGGCCGAGCUGGACUCGUUCCAGAGAAAAGUCUCCGAGAGGUUCGCCGACCUCAACGCAUCUACCUCCGAGGACCUUCUCUCCCUCGAAUGGGUCGGGAAGCUCCUCGACUCGUUCCUCUCGUGCCAGGAGGAGUUCCGCUCCGCCGUCGUCGUCUCCGGAAACCACCGCGCCGCGAUCAGCCCUCCGGCGGAGCGGAUGAUAGCGGAGUAUUUCGACAGGAGCGUCAAGGCCCUCGACGUCUGCAACGCGAUCCGCGACGGCGUCGAGCGGAUCCGCCAGUGGCAGAAGCUGAUCGAGAUGGUGGUCUGCGCUUUCGACGGGAAGAGGCCUCUCGGCGAAGGUCAGUUCCGCCGCGCGAAGAAGACGCUCGUCGAGCUGGCGAUCGGGAUGCUGGACGACAAGGAAGCUUCUUCCUCCUCGGGCUCUGUCUCUUCGCAGCAUCGUAACCGUUCGUUCGGUCGGAACAAGGAGCAUCCUCAUCAUAGGACGAUCGGGCAUUUCAGGUCGCUGUCGUGGAGCGUGUCGAGGUCGUGGUCGGCUUCGAAGCAGCUGCAAGCGUUGGGGAGCGGUUUGGCUCCGCCUCGGGCGGGGGACGUGACGGCGACGGGGGGUUUGGCGGUUCCUGUCUAUACGAUGGGUUCGGUUUUGCUGUUUGUGAUGUGGGCCCUUGUGGCGGCUAUUCCUUGUCAGGAUAGAGGGCUUCAGGUGCAUUUUAAUGUGCCUAGGAGUUUUCAGUGGGGAGGGUCUUUGAUGUCGUUGCACGAUAGGAUCAUCGAGGAGUCGAGGAAGAGGGAGAGGAGGAAUAGUUGCGGGUUGUUGAAGGAGAUUAAUCAGAUCGAGAGGAGCUCGAGGUUGAUGGGGGAGUUGGUUGAUUCUGUUCAGUUUCCCUUGUCGGAAGAGAAGGAGAUUGGGGUGAGGGAGAGGGUUGAGGAAUUGGGGCAGCUUCAAGAAGCUUUGAAGAAUGGUUUGGAUCCGUUUGAGAGGAAAGUGAGAGAAGUGUUUCAUAGGAUCGUGAGAAGCAGAACAGAGGGUCUUGAGUCUGUUGGAACAGCACCAUAGAAUGAGAACCUGUCUUUGUUUAUCAAAUGUGGGUUUCGUCUGUUUCAAAUUCUAAGAAAGCUUGGGUUGUUGGGGUAUAGAAGAUUGAAAAUGAAACUCUUUUUUUCGAUUUUUGUUGUCGGUUAUGUAUAUCUCAAAGCCAAGAACGGCACCAAAGAUUGUUAUUGUUAAUUUCUUUCUUAAGAUCUGAUUUCAAAAGCACGCUUAUUAUAAUAAGUUGUUCAUGAUU